AUGGCCACCAAUACCGAUAUCUCCAUAUCCCUCCUCCACAACUAUGGCGGCACAUCCGACGUAACCCGAACACGCGUAUUUGCCGCUUUUGCCGGACUAGCAUGCUACAACGCCAUCGAGCUUGUCGUCCUAUGCUUGUCUUCCUUCAGACAUCGCAAGAGCACCUACUUCUGGAGCCUACUCAUCUCUUCCGUCUCCAUCAUCCCGUACACCCUCGGCUUCACCCUGCUCUUCUUCCCAACCGGCGUCACUCCCUGGCUAUGCAUGUCCCUCGCCAUUCCGAGCUGGUACGGCAUGGUCACGGGCCAGUCGAUCGUGCUGUGGUCGCGGUUACAUCUGGUGCUGCAGAAUAAGAAGGUGCUCCUCGCUUUGCUGUGGAUGAUCUGUAUCGAUGCUGUCAUCUUACAUAUCCCAACCUCAGUUAUAAUAUUCGGGACUGUGGCUCAUCCGACGGGGCCCUGGGCCCUCGCGUACGAUAUCAUAGAACGUAUCGAACUGAUCGGGUUUUGUGUGCAGGAAUUCCUCAUCUCCAGUAUCUACGUCUGGGAAACUGUCAAAUUGCUUCGUCUCAGACCUGACGGUCGGCGUCAUGGGAUUCUCAAUCAGUUGCUGGUUAUUAAUAUCAUUAUUCUUCUUUUGGAUAUAUCUGUCGUCGUCAUCGAGUUUGUCGGCUUCUAUGCUAUCCAGGUCACCUUCAAACCUCUCGCGUACAGUGUCAAGUUGAAGCUUGAAUAUGCGAUCCUGGGUAAAUUGAUCGCGGUUGCGCAGGGUCAUAAUGGCAGUCAGGAACUGCGUUCCAGUGAGCGUGGCCUCAAUGAGAUUCACCCGGAGGGCCUUCGGCAUUUGAAUUUGGAAACGCCGAUGCAGGCUCGUCGGCACUACAAUCCGCCAUGGUAUCCAGAUUCGCUGAGUUUCCGCCAUUCGUCGUCUACUUCAUCUGGUAUAAUGCGAGAUCCAUGA